AUGUCUAGCAUGUUGCGCAAGAAGGAGGUCUACACGAUCGUAACCCCCAUCCCGGGGUUCAUUCCACGCCAGCUCGCCAUCGACAUCCUCCACAGCCACUCAGAGGUCAUCACCCUAAACCCACUGGUUCUUGACCACAAGCCCAUCAAGGCACCUCAGAAGGCGGCAUCAGACGAGUACUACAGCACAUGGUACGAGAUUAACCAAAGGAUCCAGUAUGUGCCGGGCCUCGGGAAAAUGGGCUCCGGCAAAAUUAGCUUCAAUGGCUGUUUCCAUGACAUGCCAUGGGGCUUGCAAACUCACAUUUACGCGCCCAUGAAUGUCGACUUGAGGAACAAGUAUCGAAUCGCCGGUAACCAGCCAGGUGUCGAGCCCCCGGAGCAGCCGGAGAUUGGUCUGGCCGCGCUAGGUGCUCCCAGUGACGGGCUUUACCUGCGCGACGAUGUCGAAAUCAAGUGCAACGUUGCAGUCAUGUCCUUCGUCAAGGCUCAGAUGAAGGCAGCCUCGAAGGAGAUGGUAUCGCGGAUCAUCAAGAAGGCCGAACUUCUUGACGCCGGAGUCCUGCAUGCUAUGAUCGAGGAUGGCAAGCUGAAGACCAUCAACCCUAAUGACCGAACCAAUACAAUAUCGGAUGGCCAGCUAUCACCCAGGCCAUCGCCCACGUCCUUGUACCACCAGCCUGGCUCCAUGUCACCAACGCCAGUGCCAUAUCAAAUCCCCAGACCAUCCUCUUACCAGCACCACAACAAACCCGGUACGCCCGUGCAAAAUACGCACUGGUCUGCCCCGUAUGGCGGACAGCAAUCACCGCACUUCCGCCCCUCGCAUGCAGAACUACCAGGCCCACAAGUUGGCGGCCUAGCACAACAAGCUCAAGUACAACAAGCACAACAAGCCCAAACCGCCGGCAAUUUCGCAUUCGAGAUGCCCGGCGAUUUCUCAUAUCCUCAACCCUCGCCACACCUACAGCCGCCCCAGCCCUCGCCCACCUACAACUCAGAACACGGCUCGACCGUCUCGGGCCACUCCUCGCGCAUGUCGCCCCAGCCUGCCAACGAUUGGCGUUGGUCGCAGAGCCAGGGCGCCUCGCAGGGCAACACGUCGCGUCCGACGUCCGUGUCAUCCGACGUCUCAGGAGGAUUCCAGUCGCCUGGACUGGACCACCAGGGCUUCGCGUCCGAGCUGGCGACGCACAACGAGACGCCAGAAGAGCACAAUAUCAGCGCGGACGCGCUGAAAAAGCUCGAUGCCAAGGUCUCGCCCGCCCAGCAGGCGUAUGCUUAUAACCCGGCGGAUUAUGCAAAAGGCAGGAAUCAUUAUCUAGCUCAGGCGAGGUCGCAGAGCUACGGGUACAGUCAUUAA